AUGGAAGAUACAGAUAAACAAUGUGAAGUUGAAAUGGAAAAUGCAGUUAAAAAAAAUAAUGUAGAUGGCUUGGAAAUUGGGCAGAAUAUAGCUCUAGGCGUCUACACGUACAACAGCUCGGCCUACGUUAUCAAUUCCACGCUGAUGUUGACGUCAUUUUUUGCCGUCGAUGGAGAAAAUUCGUCGGACGGAAGUUCAACCUUUUGUUCUGUGACGGUUCCCGGGUUCGAACCCCACUGGAUCGGCCUGGACCUAGAAAACAUCUUCACGAUAUGUUACGCGAUUGUCUAUGCCGGCAGUGACAAAGUUGACCUACCAACAAAAAACGAUCUGAACUUCUUCAUAGUGGGGGUGAGCAACAGAUCCCUGGAUGUUCACCCGCCAGUGAGAGGCACCUACGAUCUCUGUGCUCAAUAUCCAGGUGUGGUUGCUUCAAAGCAGGUGGUUCAGUUGAAUUGUUCUUCUACUACGCCUCCAGCCAGAUACGUCAUACUGCAACAAUCUUCCAACUCUACUGGAUACAUGUCCGUCUGCGAAUUCGAAGUCUACGGAACUCCAUUCGGAAUUUACAGAAAGAACAUUCUCUUGCACCAACCAGCCUCAUCGAGUUCGGUAUACAGAGAAACUACCAUAGUCAGCCAGUGCAGUCCUUUCGUGGCAGAUCUCGCAGUAGAUGGAUUUCACGACACGCAACUUCUGGACUGCCACUGUGGGCAUGGUGUGGAUUCAGUUGGAGGACCGAACUGGUUCAUGGUGGACAUUCAGGAUUUUUUCUACGUAGAUUACGUUACGUUUACUUCAAGAGUCGGUUACUAUGGUCGUCACCGCAUGGAUAAUUUCUACAUCGGGUUCACCAACACACCCGGCUAUCAACCAAUCAGAAAGCAGUACCCCCUCUGCGGUCAGUGGUCUGGUUAUGUGGUUCCAGGAUCUAAGGUGCUCAUGAAGUGCAACGCCAACCUGCUAUCUUUCAGAUAUCUCAUUGCCCAGCAGGCUGCCGAUGCUUUCGACGGUAACUUCGCUUCGUGCGAGCUACAGGCCUUUUCAGCCCUAUCCAGAGAUUUUUUUGUAUGGAAAAAAAAUGCAAGCUCCUAUUUGAGUGGCUACAGAGUGCAGACAAUGAGUGUAAGAAGUGCCGUUGAAUGUCUCCACCGCGUUCGUAAAGUUGGCGGAUGUGAUUCCAUUAACUUCAAUGCAGCUUCCAAGACAUGCGAACUCAACAAACAUCAGAAUGGGUACAGUGGUUUGGAUUUGAAUGCAAACUGGGCUUUUUAUGUAGUCCAGUAUUACUAA